AUGGCACCUCUGCUGCCGGGCGUAGCGGCACACGCUCGUAGCUUGCUAUCGGCAGCCCGAAGCACAGCAAACGACCUCGCCGCCCGCUCGACAACAAACGUCCCUAGCUCCCCGGCGGAUGCUCUCCAACAACUCGGGCCCUUAGCCGCCCGAUCAAUUCUACUAGCACGGGACGAUGACAACAGCGAACAGAAGGUCGACCCGCACAAGGGUGCCGUGCGGCCUCAGGACAUCAACAAUACGGCCGUGUUCGUGUUAUUCGGUCUCAUCGGCGCUGCCCUCGUGUGUACCGGUAUUUGGUUUUUCUUCUGGGCCAAGAACGGCGGCUUCUACUUCAAGGAAAACGACUGGGAAGACUACAAGUCCACUGUUCUCCGCCGCAAGGGCCCUAACGGCACCAUCCUAUCUAACGCUACCCCCACCACCCAACUCGGCGGCGGAUCCGUGUACAAGGACGUCGACGACGGCCGCACCGAGUACACCGGCGGUCUAACGCAGAUGACGGGCGACACGGGAAGCACGCUCACCGGAAUCACAGCAGGCGCCUCGGACCUCUCCGCGCGCGAGCGCCGCCGCCAGAAACGCGAACGCAAAGACCGCGAGCGGGAGAAGAAAAAGGACCGCCGCAACCGCGAAAAGUCGGGCCGCCGCGUCGGCGAGGACGGCGUCCUAGUCGACGAACAAGCCGAGGUCGAAGCAAAGGAGCAGCUGCGCGCGUACCGCAACGAGAAGGCCGCCCGCGUCGGCGGCAUCAACAAGGAAAGCGAGGGCAGCACCUGGGAUGGCUCGACGAACCCCGAGAGCUCGACGGCGGGUAGUGACCUCCACAGCAAUCGGCACAGCAAGCACAGCGGCGCCAGCGAGACCACGGCCGACGGCGGACGACAUAAGAGCGGCGGCGGCAUUCGCAAAGUCUACAGCACGGCGGACCGCAAUGCAGAUCGGGAGAAGCGCGCCGAGGCCCGACGCUUGCGCGAGGAGAGCCGUGCUAGCGGUAGAGGUAGCAGCAGCGGCGUGAAGCGCGAUUACAGUUUCCAGCGCGCUCGAGCGGGCCCGCAGAGCGCCGUGUCGUCGGGAGUACGGGCAAGCACGAUCGAGGAGGAGCCGAGGGAAAUGGCCGAGAGCAGCGUGGGCGGUAGGUUCCUGCCGCCGCCGAGCGGAUGGGUUCCCAGCGAAGUCAGCGCCGAGAGCGCCGAUACGGGAACUAAGUCGUACCACCACGUUAUCCCCGGGUUGUCGCCUAGCACGGUAAGCGGCACGGAUGUCAGGGAUUACGCGGAGGAUAGGGGUAGGGAUAGGGAUAAGGAUAAGGAUAGGAAGAAGAGGCGUGAGUCGAGGGGGAAGGGGAAGCAGAGAGAGUAG